CUAAUGAGCCUGGUACAGUUUCGAACACGGAGUCUGUACAACAUCUGGCAAGUCCUGAAUUAGGCUGAAAAGUAACAACAGUCAACAGCUAGCUAAACAUUUGCUACUUCUGUGAAGUGUCAGGUCGAUCGAUCGCUGUCAUUUCAGGUGACUUUCAUUGUACUGACCUGUUUACUGUCCAAACAACAGUGUGUUAUAGUAAACACGGGUGGCGCUGCACCUAUGUGACUGUUUCCAUUCGACCGUGUCUGCAGGUUGGCGUUCCAGUGCGUUUCGAAUACUAGUAUUCUUUUCUGAGGCGAAUUUCCAGAUUUUUAGAUUGAAAGCAGAUGCAGUAACACCAUGAUGGAUUGCCCGACGGCAUCGCUGUCUCUCCAGCAUGUUAUAUUCCCUUUUCUUGACGAGCUGAAUGAGAAGGAAGGCAAAGACGUAACCAGUGCCUUGAAAGAUGCCUUCAACAAGGUCGAGAAGCAGAACAUGGGCUUUGCACAGUCGUUCGUGUCCGGUGCAUGUCAACAAGAACCUGGUAUUGACGUGACGCGGUCGGUGUUGUCCCUUGCUGCCAAGCCGUGUCCGGACUAUGCGAUAAAUCGUAGCGAAGUGGAAUUCAAGCUGCUGUGCGACCGAGCUUCACAUCUGAAGACUAUUCUAAGUCGGAUACCUCAGGAGAUCAGCGAUCGUUCUGUCUUUCUGCAGACUAUCAAGGAUAUUGCUGGAGCAAUCCGUGAUGUCCUGGAAGCCAUCAAUUCAGUGUCAAAGGCACACGGCCAGCUGGCAUCUAUGCCAAAGUACAAGAAAGCGUUAGAUCAUGAAAAGAAGCUUUUUGUGAAAACAUCCAAAAGUUUUAGUGACACGCUGAAAAAAUUCUUCAAAGACUCACGGGCUAAUUAUGUGUUUGCCAGCGCCAACUCUCUAUGCAACCAGACAAACACACUACUACAGUUGUUCAAAGUUGCCAGUCAGGGCUGACCGGUUAGGAACAACUUGAUUGAUCAUACAGGGUAUGCUUCUGCCCUUCAUGCCACAUCCCACAUGCAUGUUUGGUCCACCGAUCCUGCCAUAAAACUGAAUUCUUCGAACGGCUCGCUUGACGUGCAAAUAUCUUGCCUGUUGCCAUAUUUUUCUUCCUGUGCUCACGUGAUAUCGGAUUUUUAUACAGACUGUUGACCCAUGCUUGGCUGGUCUCAAGCAGUUCCCGUGUGUGUGAAUGACCUGCAAAUGCUUGUGAAUAUCUCGACGGCAAUUUGUGCAUAUUCAUCACAGCAGUUUUUUCUCAUUGUCUUGUUUUUAACAUGCUUAGACGAUGCACCGCUUGGCUUUGUUCUUCUCUGCGCACUUCGUCUCCGGCUGUGCAGCUGAGGCUUUUGCUUGAUUUUGUUUUGAUCUAUUUGUGCUUUCGUUGUGCGAGAGCCGCAGCUCUCCUAUUCUUGCACACUCAUGUCCGCUACUUCGUUGCCUGUCACAAUAGUGGAAGGCAUUACAAUCAUCCGCAGCUCUAUCAUGGAUGUUCCACCAUUCAUCAGCCUUGUACAUGAAUGGCCGCAUCUUCUCCAUGUACUGUUGAUCUGUCUCGCCUAGGUUCCUAGCUGUUGUUUAUUGCCCGUCACGCUUGUCUUCUUUUGUUCCUGCUCUUCUUGUUGUAUUUUUGGCUAACUGGACAACCCAGCAAGUGGCUAUGGCUAUGCUGCCUGACUGUGUCGUGUUCCUUGGCAAGCCACACCAUACUUAUUUCCUUGAAUUGCUAUCAUGGUUAUGGCCGGCCGUGCAUGCAUGGCUUGUAUGA